AUGAGGAGACGGACAAUAGUUAUUCGUAUUAUACUUUGCCAUGUCACACCAAUCUUGCUCUAUCUACUCGGCUCGUAUGCUCCAAACAGAUUUUUAAACUAUGACAGGAGUGAGGAGGAGAAGGUGAAAGAUUACAUUUCAACUACACAACUUCGAGAAACUAUAAUUCAAGAAUCCGAGGAGGAGGAUGUGGAAGACAUCGAGCGGAUUACAGCUUCUACAAUGAAAGUUCCAGAGGAAUGGACCACCACCACUACCAUUGAGCCGACCAGCACGACAACAGGGUCUUUCACUACCACUACAGUAGCACCACUACCUCUGAGAUCUACAUCAUCAAACUGA